CUGUGUGUGUAAACAACCGUUGAGACAUUUAAACAGUCAGCUGUCAGAGCAGCACGGAGCGACCACACAGCCGGCUGUUUCACCCUGUUGGACUCUGAGCUAUUAUGCAGCAUGACUCCACGAGGACCUCGCCUGUGUUCCUCCUCUCCAAAAGAGGACCCUCCCUGAUAUCCACAUGCGACACCACCACCCCUCAAAACUUUGCCGAGACGCUGCCGAUAGAAAUGAGCGUGAAGAUUUUUGGCGAGCUGGACGCCGAGAGUCUGUGCAACGCCUCGCGGACCUGCAAGCUGUGGCACCACAUCAUCGAGGAGAGCGACCAGGUGUGGAGGAGGCAGUGUCUGCUGGUCAGAGCCGUCUGCCAGAGGGAGGUCGACAGCGACAGGAGGGACGGCCUGUCCUGGAAGGUCGCUCUGGUGAAGAACUACACUCGCAGCUGUCUGAAGAGAGACUGGCUGAGAGGUCGCUACAGCCACGUGAGAUCAGCGGAGGAGCUGAGCGGCAGGAGGAUGACGCCGCUGGACGCUGAGACCUGGGGAGAGAUCCUGCAGGCCGAGCUCGACAGAUGAUCAAUACCACAUGUAGGAUUUUUAUUCAAAGCACCUCUGGCACUACUGCGUGCCUGAUUUUUAACUCUAAUAUAUAUUUUAUACUUUUGUGUUUCAUAUGAAUAUAUAUAUAUAAAAAAACAAUUGUACAUAAUUUUUUUAAUUGCUUUUUUUUUUAAGAAAAAUCAUGGAGAAUGAAACAUUGACAUUAGUUGUAAAAAUUAAACUGUUUCAUUGCUUUUACUGUAAAAAUGUAAUAAAUGACAUUGUUGUGAAGCA